GAGCGAGAAACAACAUGGCGGCCUCCGUAAAGAGCAUUAGUGUUACAUAGUAAGACUUGUAAUUCCCUACAAUCUUGGUUUUAGCUGCAAUUUGGAAAGUAAACAAAAUACCUCACUUGUCUUCUUCCAAAGACAUCGUUUAUGUCUCACAUGCUGACAAAGAAGCUUCCACCUGUGCAGAGCCUGCUGGUUUUCAGACGUGUCAGUCAGCUUGCCAGGCAGCAGUACGAUGUGGUUGUGGUGGGUGGAGGUCACGCAGGGACCGAAGCCGCUGCUGCAGCAGCCAGAGUGGGAGCAGAAACACUGCUGGUCACACAGAAAAUACAGACAAUCGGCGCCCUGUCUUGUAACCCAUCUUUGGGAGGAGUAGGAAAGGGUCAGCUUGUGAGGGAGAUUGAUGCUCUAGAUGGGCUGUGUGGUCGAGCUGGAGACUGGGCGGGGAUUCAUUUCUCCAUCCUGAAUCGUAGAAAAGGGCCCGCCGUGUGGGGGCCCAGAGCCCAGCUGGACCGCCAGCGCUACCGGGAAUUCAUUCAGUCUGAGCUGCUGUCCACCCCUAAGCUGACGGUGAUUGAGGGCUCAGUGGAGGAGCUGCUGGUGACAGAACCAAAUCCGGAGGAGCCUGGACGCCACCGAGUAACUGGGAUACGUUUGGCCAAUGACAGCCACUCCGUCACCGCCCACUCUGUGGUUCUGACCACUGGUACUUUCUUGUCCGGCUCCCUCUUCAUGGGUCAAACCGCGUCGCCUGGAGGUCGGAUUGGAGACGCUCCUUCGUGUGCCGGGCUUUCCCAAACACUGAAGGAGCGGCUGGGGCUGAGGGUGGGCAGGAUGAGGACCGGUACCCCUCCCAGGAUUGUGAAGGAUUCAGUGGACCUCUCCUUAGCCCAGCUUCACCUCCCUGAUGGUUGUCCAACUCCUUUUAGCUUCAUGAAUACCCAGACGCGUUGCAAGCCAGAGGAGCAGCUGCCUUGCCACCUGACUUAUACUACACCCGGUGUAGAGAGCGUGGUGAGAGAGAGUCUACAUGUCAACUGUCACAUCCAGCAGGACACCAAAGGCCCCAGGUACUGUCCUUCCAUUGAGUCAAAAGUGCUGCGAUUUCCAGGCCGGAGUCAUCAGAUCUGGCUGGAGCCUGAGGGGGUGACCUCCGACCUUCUGUACCCGCAGGGUCUGUCCAUGACCAUGCCCCCCGAGACGCAGCUCCGCCUCAUCAGAGAAAUCCCCUGCAUGCACAGAGCUGAGAUCCACACACCCGGUUACGGUGUGCAGUAUGACUUUGUGUGUCCGACUCAGCUCAGCCCGGCGUUACAGGUGAAGAGCACUCAAGGUCUCUUCCUGGCCGGUCAGAUUAACGGAACAACGGGCUACGAGGAGGCUGCUGCACAGGGCUUGUGGGCCGGGGUGAAUGCUGCCCGCUGGGCACUAGCUCUGCCUCCGGUGGCGUUAUCUCGGACAGAGAGCUACAUCGGAGUUCUCAUAGAUGAUCUGGUGAGUCGAGGCGUCACUGAGCCUUAUCGCAUGUUCACCAGCCGGGCAGAGUUUCGAACCUCUCUACGGCCGGACAACGCUGACCUCCGCCUCACUCUGAAAGGGUUUGAGAUUGGUUGUGUGUCGGCCGUGCGUUACCAGGAGACUUUAAGAGUGAAGAACAGUCUACAAGAUGCAAUCACAGCCCUCCAAGCUCUCACUCUGUCCACAGCCAACUGCAAGAAAAAGUUUCCUGACCUCCCCGUGAGUGAGACCAAGAGCAGCAGCAUGACUGGGAUGGAACUUUUGCAAUACAAGGAUAUGUCCUUUGAAAUGUUGGCGUCUGCCUUCCCAGAGCAUCUUUCAUCUUACAUGGACUUUUCUCAAAGACUUAAGAUAGAGGCUGUGUACAAGCCUCACUGUGAGAUCAACAAGAAAGAGAUCGAGAGAAUUCAAAAGGAGGAGAACAUGUUUCUGCCUCCGGACCUGGACUAUUUCUCUCUGCCGGUGUCGCUGUCUCACGAAGUCAGAGAGAUCCUGGACAGAGUUCGACCGAGCACGCUGGGUGCUGCCACUCGUUUGGAAGGUAUUACUCCUGCUGCAAUCGUCAGUCUCUACAAUUAUGUGCAGUUUGCAGAAAAAAGGGAGAGACUAAUCCACAGAAAACAUCAAAACCAAAAGGAGGAAAGAAAACGACAGCUGAGUGCAAGAAACGCGUCUUUAUAAUUGCCUUAUGACCGUGUAAACAUAGAAACAUUCCUGUAAAAUGGUCAAUCCAAUAAAUUAUGGUAUUUUAGAAUGAUACAAACCAAUGUCUCCUUUUACAUAUUGUAAAAUGUUUUAUUUUGUAAAAAAGGCUCAAGAAAAAUAAAACAUUUAUCUCACUUUUUUUUUCCA